AUGGGAACCGCAAAGUGCCUGUUGGCCUGGGGCAGUCUGGCGCAGUAUAAAAGCCAGUCCAGCCCAGGCUCCCUCAUCCACUUCUCUUGCCUUCUCCUCCUUGGGGGACAAGUCCACCUCCAUCCCACAGCCAUGUCCUGCUACGAUCUGUGCCGUCCCUGUGGGCCAACCCCACUGGCCAACAGCUGCAACGAGCCCUGUGUCAGGCAGUGCCAGGACUCCCGUGUGGUGAUCCAGCCCUCUCCCGUGGUGGUGACCCUGCCCGGACCCAUCCUCAGCUCCUUCCCCCAGAACACCGCCGUGGGAUCCUCCACCUCUGCUGCUGUUGGCAGCAUCCUGAGUGAGGAGGGAGUGCCCAUCAACUCUGGGGGCUUCAGCCUCUCUGGCCUUGGUGGCCGCUACUGCGGCAGAAGGAGCCUGCCCUGCUAA